UAAAAGAAUAAUACAAAGAGUUAAAUUAGAGAGGGGAAUAAUUCUCUCUAUAUAAAGGAGAGCGUGGAUAAAGAUAUUACUAUAAUUCGUUCCAGAGUGCUAAUAUAUAUUAUCUAUUAUACGACAAUAUAAAAUGCCUGGUGGCAAAGGUGGUGGCGGUGGUGGUAAGGGAGGCGGCGGCGGCGGCGGAAACGGUGGUGGAGGUGGAAGUGGUGGUGCUAAAAGUGGCGGUGGUAGUGGCGGCUCUGCUAAGGGGAGCGGCGGCGGCGGGUCAAUGAAGGCGCCAGGUGGCGGCGGCGCGUACAUUUCAAGGGGUGGCUUUGAGAGUAACCCACAGGGUUACUUCUCUGGUCUCCACUCUGGACAAAAGGGAAAAUGAUCAUGCUUUAAAAUAAAUAAAUAAAUAAAUAUUAGUGUGUGUUUUAAUUUUAAUGUUUUUUUUGGGUUUUAUUAUUUCGUUUUGGUAAGAAUUAUGGAACUUUUUGGAUCAUGUAAAAAAGUUCUACUACUAAGUUUAUAUGCAAAGUCAUGAAGUAAUUUAUGUAUGCAUGGUAUUUUGUUAUUA